AUGACGGCCCCAGAAGUGGAGCAGCGCACGCCAUUCCAGGUGUUUGCAAGGCUGGUGGCGCCACCACCGGUGUUGCAGGAAGAGGCGGCGACCCAGGGGGAGGAGGAGGAGGAGGAGGAGGAGGAGGAGGAGGAGGAGGAGGAGGAGGAGGAGGAGGAGGAGGAGGAGGAGGAGGAGGAGGAGGAAGAGGAGGAGGAUUGGAACAGAGAAUAG